CAUAAUAAGCCUCAUGGUCAAAAUUUUCUCCAAUGUUUUGUAAUGAUAUAUAUAUUGCGUAGAAGUGUUAUGUGUUCUGUAAUGAUAUACAUAUUGCGUAGAAGUGUAAGUUGUUAUGUAUUUAUGUAGUUGUGACAAGAUUGUGGCUUGUUGAUGGUGUUAUGUGUUCUGUAAGUUGGUUAACCCAUGUUGCGUAGAAGCAAAAGCUUGAAACUUUUAAAAUGUCGAAUUAUCAUGUGUGUUUUCUCUUCAUAUCUGUUUGUACAUUUAAACUGAAAUCAUUGAUGUGCAUAGUUGUAUAUUGUGUUCAUCGAAACUAAUGGUGCUUUCUACCUUCAUUUGGGGAAAUAAGGUUAGUUUAGUUGAUUAAACGCCAUUGAGAUUGAAAGUAAUGUGGUUUCUACUUUUAUUUGGGGAAAAUAAGGUAAUUUAUAUUAAUUUGAACAUUAUUGAGAAUAAAUUGUUUGAAAAAGUUUAGUGGAAUUAGGAUUUUUUUUUUUUUUCCUUUUAGGUUUUGGGGGGGGGGGGGUUGAACACAUGUUUUUCCAUUCUCUAUCUAGUGGGGAGGUGUAAGGAGGACAUGAUUAAGUAUGAAGAGAGUUGAAUAAUAUCAUUCAUAAGUUCUGGAUUAAACGCCAUUUAGAUGACUUGAUGUAGUUCUCAUACUUGAACUUCAAAGUGAUGAAGUCCAACAUGUGUUUCUGUACAUUUGGUUUUCUUGUGUCUUUACUUCAUGGCGCAAGAAUGUAUUCACUUUUAUUAGUCCAAGUGGUGAUUAGUUUCAAAUGCAAGAAAGGAUUAGUUUCUAAUGUUAUAUUUUUAUGGUUUAAAAAGUGUAUAGAUGUCGCAGUGUGACCAAUGCGUCUCCCGCAUUAUCAGCAUCUACUGCUCCACCCAUGAGUGCUCCAUUGAUUCAAGAGCCUACACCCCUUGCUGAGGCUACUUCUACGGCGUCUCAGGUGCCCGUCUCAUCGACAUCAUCAGUGUCGGUUCAGCCGCUCAGUGCACGGCGGCCUCAUCGGCGCCACCGCGAGCCAGAGCCUUCUAAUCACACUUCCUCGGCAUCCAGAGUCGAGGGUGAGGCCUCCCAGCCAGGUACCUUUUUUCUAAUUCUCACUACGUUGCAUUUUUUUUUUCAUUUUAAAAUUAUUAUUUUUAUGAUGGUGAAAAUAUGUUCGAUUGUAAAAAUGUGUUGCAAGUUGUGAAUUACUGUUAUUUUAUUAUUUUAAGAUUUUGGAAAAUGCUAUACUAUUAGGGGAGGUUGUGUCGAAUUUUUUGUACAAAUUUAAGCUUAAGGUUUUCACUAUUUAAGUAUUUUUGGCCAGCUAAAAAAACACCAGGGGGCCUAGUCGAAUGUUGAAGCAGAAACAAAACGUACGUCAGACCGCCUCCAAGAUUAAGAUUGUGUAUGACCUGCGACAUCGUGGAGCGGCUACCUCACAGCAGCAUAGCUUCAUCGCUAGUAGCUGUGGUGUUGUUAUUCGAGACAAUUGUCCUUUUCAGUGGGAGUCUUGGGCAGAAAUUCCCGAGGACACAAAGGAACUGGUGCGACACGAGUUGUCGAAGAAAUCUGUUGCUGGCCAGAAAGCUCGGGAGUCAAAGAUACUUCUCCACCAUUCUGGUUCGAAGCCCUUUUCGUAUAGGCUUGAGGAACGACGUCAGGAGGGUUCUAAGUUCCCAGAGAUCGACAUGUUCAAGGACGUUUACGUUCGCCCUGGUAAUGAAACCGCUGAGCAGUUUUAUGAUACUAUGGUGGAAAAGAGCACUGCUGUUCUCCAAGAAGCAGCAUCGUAGCUUCCCCCAGAGACUUCGAUCGAGGAGGUCAUGGUACCAGAGGAUGUAGGUUUUCAGAUCAUGACUGAAGUCCUGGAUCAGAACCUUGGUCGUCGUCAUGGCCAAGUUGUUCGGGGUAUGGGGAAAUCACGAGUUCGUCAGAUGGGUGCCUCUUCUUCCAGAUCGAACACAGCAGAGGUUGAUGCAUUGAUGGAGGAAGUGACAACCUUAAGGGGUAAGCUUGCGAUGCAGGAAGAGCAUAUGAGGGAGCAGAUGAGGGCCCAGGGCGAGCAGAUAAGGGAGCAGAUGAGGGCCCAAAGCGAUCAGAUGAGGGAGCAGAUGAGGGCCCAGGACGAUCAGAUGAAAGCGCAGCUGAGGGCCCAGAAUGAGGAGGUGAGGACCUAUGCUGAGACGGUGAGAGACCUUGUACGAGCCAUACAGACGGCUGGCCUACAAGUCUCGCUACCAGUACCUCAUCUUAAUCCACCUUCGACCUCAGCGCCACCUCACCCUCCCGAUACUCAGUAGCUUGAUGUUUUAUACCUAGUUCACUUGUAGUUUUUUCUUUUUUGUUUGGACAUCUUCUAUGUACAUUUUUAUAUAUUUUAUAAUUAAAUACUUUUGCUUGGUUAA